AUGGUUCAUACCCCUCCAGAGAUAGUACUACAUUCAGAAACCUUGCUAACCUUGCGACAAGAUUCCGAUCUCCGCCUGUUCUGUGUCCUUCGUGUAGAUGCACGCGACGCUCUCCAUCCACUUGUCUGGCGGUGGACACGGUCCUCACCUGGGACCUCUACUAACGUGUUGGCCUCUAGCCAUCAAACCGUGAUUACCGGACACAUACGUGGUCGGAUGCAAGUGACCUCGGUUUGGCUGUCUGACAACGUGUUGCCUGGGCUGAACAAUUCUGAACUGGGUCAAUGGCGCCAAAUUUUGAAUCUUGGCAUGCGGCAUGGUCAUGUGAGACUGUUCUUCUCGGAGUUGAUGAUCCCGGCUGUACAUAGACACGAUAGUGGCUUAUUCGCCUGUCAUUUCAGCUCCUCGCUUAAAAAUCUUACAGAAACCAUGAAGAUUGAACAUAAGUCAAAGCCAGUGGUCCCAGUUAAAGUGGUUUCCGAGGUGACAACACUUACUGAUCAGUACGACGGUCUGAAUAAAGUAAUGAAUCUAUCUUCCCUUCCUCUUAAUCCCCAAUCCACCACCAUAUUGAAGAAAGAACUCAACUUUUCACUUUAA